AUGUCGGAAAAGGCACAGAACCCCAUGCGAGAGCUUCGCAUCCAAAAGCUCGUCCUCAACAUCUCGGUUGGUGAAUCUGGUGACAGAUUGACUCGUGCCGCGAAGGUCUUGGAGCAGCUGAGCGGUCAGACUCCUGUCUACAGCAAGGCCCGCUACACUGUCCGAACCUUCGGUAUCCGACGUAACGAAAAGAUUGCCGUUCACGUCACUGUCCGUGGCCCCAAGGCCGAGGAAAUCCUCGAGCGUGGCCUCAAGGUCAAGGAGUACGAGCUACGCAAGCGCAACUUCAGCGAAACCGGCAACUUCGGUUUCGGUAUCAACGAACACAUCGAUCUUGGUAUCAAGUACGACCCCGCCAUCGGUAUCUACGGCAUGGACUUCUACUGCUGCAUGACCCGCCCUGGUGAGCGCGUCACCCGACGACGACGAUGCAAGAGCAAGAUUGGCGCUGGCCACCGCAUCAACCGUGAUGAGACCGUGAAGUGGUUCAAGCAGCGCUUCGACGGCAUCGUCCGAUAA